CGAGUGCGCGUUUUGGUGGCGUUUAGGUGUCGCCGGGGGUCUCAGCCCCUCCCUGAAUGUUCAUGGGGAGGAGAAGGAAAAGAUUGUUCUGCAGAUGAUUGGGAAGCACGGGCUGCCUGGCCAAGGCUGUCUUCGUAGGAAGCAGGUGUAAAGCAGAGCUCUGGCGGAGGGAUGCUGAACAUUUCUCGUAAACACGCGUACAAAUAGGAUGGCGGCUGUGACGUUGGCAGCCCACGAUUUUGAGAGCCUGGCACUCCUCCCCUCCCUCCUUCCCCUCCCCCUCAUCAGUGAAACAAUAAUUCUGCAUAUGUUUCUCCUAGUCUGUGGCUUAGCCAUUAAAGGUAGAGAUUUGGAUUUGAAUCAGUGCGGGGUUCAGGGGAACAUGGGGUCUGUGUGCUGUGUGUGCAGCAGGGUGCACACACCGUGCUCUGGGGACAGCAGGAGACCCGCCCCUGGGCUGGAAUUCCCGUGGGGCAGGUGCAGGGGCAGUUGUCAGAGGAGAACUGGGCAGGCGGGGCCCUGGGAGCCCAGCAUGUGGGGGAAUCACUGGCCAGGUAAGGCCUGCUAAGCCUUUGCAGCUGCUGGGGGCCUGUGGGCGGCUUGGCCGGGCCGGUGUUAAUGAUGUCUUUCCAUUUCUGUCUUCUGCCCAAAUUCCUUCCCAGCCAAGCUGAGGCCUGGGGGAGUGGUCUUAAGAUUGAGGGCUUCCCUGUCCAUUUAACAGCGAUAUCCGUUAGUAUCUGUGAACCCUGAUUUCACUGCUUCUAAAUGCAUUUAUCAGCCCAGCCUUGUAAAUUAAAUGUGGUUUUGUUGUAAAAGAAAAUUAACUGUGUGUGUGUGUGUCCACGUGCUUUUGGAUUUCACAUUUCAGAAUCCACCCCAGUCUGAUACCUGACAUUUAAACGCUGCUUUCAUUCAUUUUUCCUUUUAAUGAGUCAAACAUUUUAGCAAUCCCUCUACUUUACUCGGCUCAGAAGAGUGAGGGCAGCAAUAUUUUCCAGGGUUUCCUGACACUUGGGGAGCUUUUCAUGAAAGCAGAAAUCAUCUCAGAGGGGAAAAACCCCUCAUCUUUGCCUUCUGUCUACGAAGGCCCGAGUUUGCCGGACAAGACAGCCCGGGGUGGGGGGCGGUGGGGGGCUGGUUUGUAGGGUCUGGGAAUUGGAAAGGCUGUUUUGUUUUCACGUGGUGCUUCACUUUCCUGGUGCUUUCUGGUCUCUGGAUGGUAGUUUGGACUGCUGUGCCUGUCACAGCAGAGGCCUGGUUCGCCGGGGCUCCAUCCACGUGCCAGCGAGACAGAGAAAGGAGGGUUCUAGAUGGGCCAGGCCUGUCUCACUUUGCCUUUUCUGAGCGUGGCCCAGUGGCUCUUUCUCCUUGUAUUUCUUACAUUAGCAAUAGGGUUCUAAGAAGGGACACACACACACACACACGUGUGGCACACACGCACCCCACACGCCCAGCUCAGUAUCCGCCUGCCAGCGGAAACGAAACCACAGCCCGUCUUUGGGGUGUCUCUGGAGGCCUUGAGCGUGAGAUUCAGCAAGCUGUCUUGGUCCACCCGCUCUGACCCCAAAGUUUGACAGUUUGGGGGCUCGGGGUGGCUCUGCUGCCUAAACACUGCGGGGUGACGUUGCCACCUUCCUGGGAAGUGCCUUCCCCAAUAGGCCAAAGCCCAGAGCUCCCCGCCCUGGGGGGCGUGGGGAGAGGCAGCCUCGCUCUUGGAGCUGGGUGAGCACCCCUGUCGUCUCCGGGAGUUUUACUUUCAAGGCUGCAGGUGGGAGAGGAAGGAGGCCUUUUGGGUUCUUUUCCUCCUGGACGUCCUGGGAGGAGACAGGGAGCUGCCCUGGGUCUGAGAGCUGGAGACCUGAGAUCAGAGCUGUUCCGGGGGCCGGGACGCCGGCAGAGCCUGGCUGCCCAGGGUGGCUGCGAGGGGACUGGAGACAGAAAUCAGAGCUGAAGCUCAGUGAACGGCUUCGGGUUCUUUCAAACUCAAUUACUGGGGCUCACAGGCUUGCGGCAUGAAGAAAGUGGAAAGGGCAGAGACUGCCAAAUAAAGGAAAGAAUACCAGAUGUUACCAAAAAAAACAAACCCCAAAAACCCCAAAAACAAAAGGAGAAAAAGGAAAGAGUGCUGGAACAGAGUCCUUAGCAAAAGAUGGAAGGGAGAGGGCAGAAUACUUCGCGGACAGGCCUAGGUGACCUGGGCUAAUUUUUAAAUUAGUCUGUGUUUCUUUUGAAGGAGAAAAUACAUUGGAAAUUCUGUAGCUUAAAACCUGCUAGCCGAGAGGAGCCAUUCAUGCCUCCUAGACCUUCCACCACAGAGAGGGAGUGGACAGACUGGCUGAAAAAGUGAAUGAAAAGCAAAGCCGAACAGAAACCGAACAAGGAAACCAAAGAUGAAAUUAGACAACGGCGAACACCUCCCUGCCCUCAGAGAAGAUGAUCAAGUAGGGAAUGUGGCUGGAUUAGCUGCUGCCUUUGUUUGUUUUUAUCAAAUGCCCUUACUGAUGCAGCUGGCUGCUAGGCCUGCUCAGGAGAGGCCUUGAAAACGGGCCCAGGUACCUCCAGCCUCCCUGCCGCAGAACUCACCCCUGUUUCAUUUGAAUUCUCAAUUUCGUUUUGUCCUUUUUUUUUUGCUUUUCAGCUCAUUUCCUUUGUGCCUCUCUCUCUCUCUCUCUCUCUUAACAAAACAAUAUUUUGACAUCCUCCUCCCAUUUAUUAGAGUUCCUUCUCUAGCAAUGGUGUACAAUACAUCCUUAUAUUUCUAAAGAACUGUUUUCACAGCCCUCUCCUUUGGCUCUGAAAUUAUGUAUAUGUAAUUGGUAAUUAAAGGUGCGAGCUUUUCAAUAUAAACAGUAUUGCUCAAUGUUAGAUCAUUAAAGGGAAAAGAGGCACCGAAUAAUUGCCUUUUACAUUCUGACAGACCGUUCACAGGGACCCAGUCCCCCCUAGAACCGCUGUUCGGCGUGAGGGCUGUGAUUACAUUUUAACCAUCUUUUCAUAAAAUAAAUUGGUAAAUUAAUUACGUGGCAUUGUCUUCUAACUCCUUUUAAAGUAAACUCCGAUUUCUUUUUACAGUGUAAUUAAUGGUUUCUGGGGCUGCCUUUUGUGCACGUGGCUCCUCUUACCUUAUAGGUUCUUUUUGUGGGAGGGCAUGCAGACGAGAGAUUUCGGAUUUCCUCCUCUGCGGGGUGUUUUUGCACUGCCACGUUUCCAGUGCGUGGCUACAUGUAAUUCAUUCACGGCUCUGCCUGCUUUUCCGUAAGCACAGGCAGGAUCUCAAAGUGUCACUUCCCUCCUCAGCGGUACCUGCGCCACACGCAUAGCCCAUACGGGGUGCACGUCCUGAACCGUCUCCCUGACGUUUGGCCAUCUGCGUGGACUCUCACGGGCCCUGAAGAAGCUUGUGUUCAGAAAAUACAGGACAGUGAUUUAUAUGUAGGAUGGAAGAUGCCACAGAAUUUUUUCCUUAAAUUAUCUGUUCUUUGGCUCUGGCCCGUCAAUAACUUCACUGCCACGGAAUGUGUUUUUCCUCUCUUCCAUUUCUUUUCUCUCUGUUCUUCUGUGGUUUUCAUUAUCCUUUCCUAAAUACCAUACCACUUAAAAUAUACCUGCCUCCUCGGGUUUCUGGCCUCUGGCUGCCCCCAGCUUCCCUGAAGACCCCGCCACUUGUGCCUUCUACACCACUACUGACAUUUGCUCUCAAAAAAUCCCACCCCGAGUCUGUUCAGACCUGGAGGGACGGCGCCACCUGGUUGCCCACUUCCCUUGUUUGUGACGCUGUCGGCUGCUGCCUUUUCAGGUUUUCCCUGAGGACCUUGCUGCUUUUCCAGGCAUCGAGUCGCUUCAAAAUAUUUGGGACCUGUGCCCCCUACCAAAAAAAAAAAAAAAAAAAGAAAGGAAAUAGAUUGGCUGCUAAAGAAAUAUGAAAAUGUACAGCCCAUUGAAAGUGUGGUUUGUCAUCUGCCAACAAGUGCUUUUGGAGUCUAAAGAAUUAUUAUUUUCUUUCUUUUCUUUUUCGGGAGUGAAAAUAAACCCAGCAAACAAAAAAGGACAGUGGGGAGUCGGUGAGUGCUGGGAAGUCUACAAGGCGAUGGAAGUCUGACCGGGAGCAGGGAGUUUGGCAGGAAGCCGCUCCCUCUUUCAGCCAGCCGACUUGCAGUGACUCUCCCCUGCGUCGCUUCCCCUUCGAUAUUUCUUUUUGAACCAACACUCACCUGUUGCUUUCUGAGCGUGUGGGCUUCUUUCUCUCGGAAGAACUGGCCCUCGGAUGCCCAUCUGGGUUUCUGUUUUCUUGUCUGGUGUGAAGCCAGGUCUCAGGUAGAGGAAUGCAAGCAGGACUUGAAUGAAUGGGGAGGACAUGAAUGAAAGGAGGGAGGGGAGGUAGGGCGCAGCUCGAGCCCGAGCGGGGAGAAACAGCUCUGGCUCUGGCUCGUGGUUCUCAGCCUUGGCUGUCCAUCUGAAUCACCUGGGAGUCUCAAAAAAAAAACCAACCAAGACAGCCUGACAUUUGUAUCUCAGUGUAAUUGAUCUGGGGUGCUGCCUGGGCAUCGGGGGUUUUCAAAGCUCCCAGUUGAGUCUCAGAUGCUGCAAAGUUUGAGAGAGACCUCCAGAUGAUACUGCCAAGUUGGGGACGGCCCAGUCUCUCAUGACACCAGGACGUGUGUGUGUCCCUCUGCUAGGCUGGGGCAGGGGCAAAUUGGCAGGAAGUAAACCAGAAAGCUGUAAGAUUAGUACCACUUAAGCCAUAGCCUCUGGGAGCCGCAGAGCUGCUCCCAGAGCCUCAGUUUGCCAAUCUGUUGCACGCAGGAUGGUAAGCCCCCUGUCUCCAGGAGUCUGGGGGAGGAUGCGGUGACUGCCAGCAUCCCGCGACGGCAGGGCCUGCCUCUAGGUGGGGAAGGGUUGGAAUGAACGACGGGUGCUCGUGACUGCCUAAGUCCAUCUUGUCUUCUCUGCCCCCCCUUCUCCUUUCUCUCUCCAGCAGAGCCUGACCAUGUGGAGGCCGCCAUCCUCGAGGAAGACGAGGGUCUGGAGAUAGAGGAGCCCAGCAGCCUGGGGCUGAUGGUGGGUGGCCCCGACCCUGACCUGCUCACCUGUGGACAGUGUCAGAUGAACUUCCCCCUGGGGGACAUCCUGGUUUUUAUAGAGCACAAGAAGAAGCAGUGUGGCAGCAGCUUGGGUGCCUGCUAUGACAAAGGCCUGGACCAGGGCAGCCCGCCGCCCUCCUCACGUUCUGAGCUCAGGAAAGUGUCGGAGCCGGUGGAGAUCGGGAUCCAGGUCACCCCCGACGAAGAUGACCACUUGCUCUCGCCCACGAAAGGCAUCUGCCCCAAGCAGGAGAACAUUGCAGGGCCGUGCAGGCCUGCCCAGCUGCCAGCGGUGGCCCCCAUAGCUGCCUCCUCCUCCCACCCUCACACAUCCGUGAUCACUUCUCCGCUGCGCGCCCUGGGCGCUCUGCCGCCCUGCUUCCCCCUGCCGUGCUGCAGCGCGCGCCCUGUCUCGGGUGACGGGACUCAGGGUGAGGGUCAGACGGAGGCUCCCUUUGGAUGCCAGUGUCAGUUGUCAGGUAAAGAUGAGCCUUCCAGCUACAUUUGCACAACAUGCAAGCAACCCUUCAACAGCGCGUGGUUCCUGCUGCAGCACGCGCAGAACACGCACGGCUUCCGCAUCUACCUGGAGCCCGGGCCGGCCAGCAGCUCGCUCACGCCGCGGCUCACCAUCCCGCCGCCGCUCGGGCCCGAGGCCGUGGCCCAGUCCCCGCUCAUGAAUUUCCUGGGCGACAGCAACCCCUUCAACCUGCUGCGCAUGACGGGCCCCAUCCUGCGGGACCACCCGGGCUUCGGCGAGGGCCGCCUGCCUGGCACGCCGCCGCUCUUCAGCCCGCCGCCGCGCCACCACCUGGACCCGCACCGCCUCAGUGCCGAGGAGAUGGGGCUCGUCGCCCAGCACCCCAGUGCCUUUGACCGAGUCAUGCGCCUGAACCCCAUGGCCAUCGACUCGCCUGCCAUGGACUUCUCGCGGCGGCUCCGCGAGCUGGCGGGCAACAGCUCCACGCCGCCGCCCGUGUCGCCGGGCCGCGGCAACCCUAUGCACCGGCUCCUGAACCCCUUCCAGCCCAGCCCCAAGUCCCCGUUCCUGAGCACGCCGCCGCUGCCGCCCAUGCCCCCCGGCGGCACGCCGCCGCCUCAGCCGCCCGCCAAGAGCAAGUCGUGCGAGUUCUGCGGCAAGACCUUCAAGUUCCAGAGCAAUCUCAUCGUGCACCGGCGCAGCCACACGGGCGAGAAGCCCUACAAGUGCCAGCUGUGCGACCACGCGUGCUCGCAGGCGAGCAAGCUCAAGCGCCACAUGAAGACGCACAUGCACAAGGCCGGCUCGCUGGCCGGGCGCUCUGACGACGGGCUCUCGGCCGCCAGCUCCCCGGAGCCCGGCACCAGCGAGCUGGCCGGUGAGGGCCUCAAGGCGUCCGACGGCGACUUCCGCCACCACGAGAGCGACCCGUCGCUGGGCCACGAGCCCGAGGAGGAGGACGAGGAGGAGGAAGAGGAGGAGGAGGAGCUGCUGCUGGAGAACGAGAGCCGGCCCGAGUCGAGCUUCAGCAUGGACUCGGAGCUGAGCCGCAACCGCGAGAACGGCGGCGGCGGGGUGGUGGCCGGGGUGCCGGGUGCGGGCGGCGGCGUGGGCGGCGCGGCCAAGGCGCUGGCCGACGAGAAGGCCCUGGUGCUGGGCAAGGUCAUGGAGAACGUAGGCCUGGGCGCGCUGCCGCAGUACGGCGAGCUGCUGGCCGACAAGCAGAAGCGCGGCGCCUUCUUGAAGCGCGCGGCGGGCGGCGACGCGGGUGACGACGACGAGGUCGCGGGCGGCUGCGGCGACGCGGGCCCGGGCGGCGCGGUCAACGGGCGCGGCGGUGGCUUCGCGCCGGGCGCCGAGCCCUUCCCGGGCCUCUUCCCGCGCAAACCCGCGCCGCUGCCCAGCCCCGGGCUCAACAGCGCGGCCAAGCGCAUCAAGGUGGAGAAGGACCUGGAGCUGCCGCCCGCCGCGCUCAUCCCGUCCGAGAACGUGUACUCGCAGUGGCUCGUGGGCUACGCGGCGUCGCGGCACUUCAUGAAGGACCCCUUCCUGGGCUUCACGGACGCGCGCCAGUCGCCCUUCGCCACGUCGUCCGAGCACUCGUCCGAGAACGGCAGCCUGCGCUUCUCCACGCCGCCCGGGGACCUGCUGGACGGCGGCCUGUCGGGCCGCAGCGGCACGGCCAGCGGGGGCAGCACGCCGCACCUGGGCGGCCCGGGCCCCGGGCGGCCGAGCUCCAAGGAGGGCCGCCGCAGCGACACGUGCGAGUACUGCGGCAAGGUGUUCAAGAACUGCAGCAACCUGACGGUGCACCGGCGGAGCCACACCGGCGAGCGGCCUUACAAGUGCGAGCUGUGCAACUACGCGUGCGCGCAGAGCAGCAAGCUCACGCGCCACAUGAAGACGCACGGGCAGAUCGGCAAGGAGGUGUACCGCUGCGACAUCUGCCAGAUGCCCUUCAGCGUCUACAGCACCCUGGAGAAACACAUGAAAAAGUGGCACGGCGAGCACUUGCUGACUAACGACGUCAAAAUCGAGCAGGCCGAGAGGAGCUAAGCGCGCGUGCGCGCGCCGGCCGGGCACCGCGCCCCUGUACAGUGGACCCGUUGCCAAGCUAGAGAAUGCUGACCUGACACUUGCCUCCGUGUCCCCGCCACUUAGCCCCCCCGCGCGUGUCCCCGGGGCCCAGGGGAGGCAACCCUCCAACCUAACCUGUGUCUGCGAAGUCCUAUGGAAACCCGAGGGUUGAUCAAGGCAGUAAAAAUUGUGGAGCCUUUUAACUGUGCAAUAAUUUCUGUAUUUAUUGGGUUUUGUAAUUUUUUUGGCAUGUGCAGGUACUUUUUAUUAUUAUUCUUUCUGUUUAAAUUCCUUUAAGAGAUUUUGUUGGGUAUCCAUCC